AUGACGAUGCUGAAGCUUUUUGGGCUGGUCCUGUUCUGCAGCCUCCUCUCGCCCUCUCAGGAGGUGCUGUCGGGGCUGUCCUGCGCCGUCAGCCCCACGGCGAUGCAGCACGUGCUCGCGGAUGCCAUCCUCCGAAAUGGGCUCCUCCAGCAGCACCUGCAGGGCCUGGUGCUCCCCAACAUCAUGGGUGAAGGGGGUCUGCUGAACUCCCCCACCAGCAUCACCGGGCUGCACCUGGCCAAGAUGCGGCGCCCCAAGCUGCUGGUGGGGCUGCUGUCGGGGAUCGGGAUGCAGCUCUCCAUCACCGCCAGGCUGGAGCUCAGCGGCACCUGCCUGGUUGACCUCAUUUCAGAGCUGAUCAGCAUCUCUGUGGACGUGAACGUCACCGCGAGCAUUAAAUGCACGAAUUUUGAGUCGGGCACGGUCCAGGUGGUCAUUGAGGACUGCCUCUGCCUUCUCGGCACCGUAAAGAUCAAGCUCCUCUCUGGCCUGCUGUCCCUGUCAGUGAAUGACUUGGUGCUCAGCAAGCUGACCACAACCAUGCCCAGCAUGCUGUGCCCGAUUCUCGAUAUCAUCCUCAGCGUCGUGAACAUCCGGCUGCUGGACACGGUCAACGCGGUGAUCCCGGUCGGUACAGCAGGAACCAUUCACUACCAGCUGGCCAGCCUGCCCUUCGCCUCCAGCCUGUUCCUCAGGCUGGAUUUAGACGGGGUGGUGAAGCAGGUGGGAGGCACCGUCAUCCCCCACGACUCGUCCCCCUCCGAUAUGCCUCCGCUGCUGAACAACCUGCUGGUCCUGGUGCUGCGCCCAUCCUUCCUGAGCGCGAUCCUGUCCCUGAUACUGCAGAUCCAGCCACUGACCCUCACCUGCACGCCCGAAGCCUUCUCCGGUGCCAGCUCCCUGGAGGAAGCCAUCACCGCCCUCAUCCCUGCGGAGUGCUCAGCCUGCGGAGGGCCCGGUCCCCUCAGCAUUAAGCUGACGCUGGCGGGGAACCCGCUGAUCCUCUUGGAAGACAACAAAGCCACCAUCAAGGUUUCGGUGCUGAUCCGGGUGUUCGUGAAGCGCGCGGGCGGGCCCAGCCUCACCCUCCUGCUCCUGAAGGCCGACGUCAGCCUGGACACCGUGCUGUCGCUGGCUGGGGGCCGCCUGAUGCUGGGGGUGUCCCUGGGCAGAAUUUCCCUCUCCCUGGAGUCCUCCGAGGUUGGCGUCAGCAACGUGAGUUCUGUCCCCGGGCGUGGGGGCGAGGGAGGGAGGGGGGCACCGGCCAGGCCGUGCGGUGCCGAAACACGUCCUGGCUGUGGCGGUGACAUCCGCGGAGGG